CUAAAGAGGGGAGCAAGGGGAAGCCAUGGGUCCUCGACGCCUCCUGUUGGUUGGGGAGGGGAAUUUCUCCUUCGCCGUUGCUCUCAGCAGGACCCUGGAUCCCAGUACUAGUCUAACUGCCACCUGCCUCCCGGGCCUGGUCGACUUGGCCCGGGAUCCAGUAGCCCAGCAGAAUCUGCAGCGCCUGCGCGAGCGAGGUGCUGAAGUUCGUUUUGGUGUUGACUGCACCCGACUGGCAGAUACCUUUGAACUGCAAGACAGGGGAUUUGAUCGAAUUUAUUUCAACUUUCCACACUGUGGACGCAAAGCUGGAGUAGCUAAGAACAGGGAACUCCUUGCCAAGUUUUUCCAGAGUUGUGCAGAUGUUCUUGCAGAGGAUGGAGAAGUCCAUGUGGCAUUGUGUAGAGGACAAGGUGGGACUCCUGUUGAUAAGCCCCAGAGAGAAUGGCACAACAGUUGGCAAGUGGUUGCCAUGGCAGCUGUAGGGGGGCUCAUUUUAAGUGGUGUGCAUCCCUUCAGCUGUGAGGCUUUGCCAGGGUACAAAUGCACUGGAUAUAGGAGUCAAGAUAAGUCCUUUCAUGUAGAAGGUGCUUUGAAUCAUAUCUUCACUCGGAGCUUACCCUUUGAAUGUUCUCAACCCAGAAUCUUCAGGAUCAAACUAGGUGACCAGUGGUUUUCUUUCCCAGAACCAGAAGCACUUAUAGGAAAGUUGAACAGGGGUUUCCUGGAAGCACCUUCAUGUCAUCCUAUCAAAACCAUAAAUGAGCAACUCAUUGCUGAAUUGGGCAAAAUUUUCCCUCUAAAAAGGCUGAAGCAUUCCUUCCCCUUGCUGCCACAGGAAGGCACCAGUGUUCUCUCUUCCUGGAACUGUGACAUUCUGUCAACUGCCUUUUGGAUUAAUCUUCAUGAAGAUAACUCAAAUUCUGGGUCCCUGAUUGGUGGGAAAACACAAGAUAUGGAGGACUUUUUAGUGUCAUUUUCAGAACUCAGCCUUCUCAAAAGUUUUGGAAGAGAUGGUAAAGAAGAAGCUCUUGGAAGAAUUUCUGACCAGCCCGCGGUCUGCCUCAGACCCUCUCUUCUAGUUCACGUUCGGGCUGUCAUCCAAGCACCAGACUUCCUCCCAGGUUCUCUGCACGUCCUCAGUGGACCUGUCUUUCAGAAGUGCCGCAUUUUGCCUUUUACAAUGCCGGUAUUUCAUGAGACUUUACUUAUCCUUGGGUUUAAUCAGAAUUUGAAGGAAGACUGUCUUCAGUCACUGCUGGAUCACCUGAAGAACAUCCUAGAUACCCUUCUGGCCCAGACGAUGCUGGAGGGAUCUAGGCUGAGCAAUUCAGUAGAAUUUAUCCUUAAACCAAAUGGAAAAGAUUAUAUGAUUUGUGUUAAGCCUUACAAUUUUGGUCCAGAUUGGGCCCAGGACUUAAUUAUUGGGUCUGUCACUACAUCUGCUACAAGCAUUAUACGUAAAGACCAGUGUUUUGUGUUUGUGUCUAUGAACUUGGACUUAUUAGUCAUGCUUGUCUGGAGUAUCUCUGACUGGAGAAUGUUAUGGACCUUUGAUAACCGUUUCCUAAAAAAUUUUGUCCCUAGCAAAGUAGAACCCUUUAAAAGCUAUUCCCUGUAUCCUCCAUGCUAUGUACAUGAUAUUAGCUUUUGGUUAGAUGAGAAGAAAGGAUUUGAUGAACUUGAGUUUCACACUGUGGCCCGAGCAGUGUCCCAGGACACUGUUACAUCCAUAAAAUUCCUUAAUUGUUUUCAGCAUCCAAAGACUGAACAGGUCAGUCUCUGCUAUAGAUUGACUUACCAGACCUGUGACAAGGCCCUCACCAAGCAACAGGUAACAUCAAUGCAGUCCCAGUUUAGGAAGGAGAUUCAACAACGACUACAUGUUACACCUCGAUAGUUUUCCAUAGUGUGAUCCUUCAGUGGUGUGGAUGUGGAUAAAAAUGACCAACUUGUAACCAGCAGUUCUUUUGGACUGUGUUAUUUUGUAAAAUCUUUUACAUUGUGACUAGAGCCACUGUUUGCUGAACCUAAAGAUGCCUUGAAUUACAGAAUACAUGUGAUUGAUGAUAUUUGGAUGUGUACAUUUUGAUCCUGAGUUGAUGAGUAAGACAACAGACAGAAUAGCAUCUUGUACUUUAGAUGCUCUAUUGCUGAAGAAAAGGUAGAGCUUAAGUGUCUUGUCAAAUAUAAAUAUGUUUUCCACACUGUCAAUUCCUCUUCUCUCAAUUCCAUUAUAUCAUUUUUUUUCUUUUUCUUUUUUUUUUAAAGUUUUAGGCUGAGGCCAGGUUUGAACCCACCACUGCCCGUAUAUGGGGCUGGCACCCUAGUCCUUUGAGCCACAGGUGCUGCCCCAUCCAUUGUAUCAUUUCAUUAAAUAACUUUAUGAGAGGAGUUUUUUAGUCACACCAAUAUUUAUUAACUUGCUUUUGUAAGUAUUCCAUAAUUAAUAUUGGUUAUUUAGUAAUAAUAGUAUUAUCAUCAUCCUAUGCUACCAUCACCAAAAUUUUUUUUCCUGUGGUUGACUAUUACUAAAUUCAUGGAACUAAUAAGUGACAAAUUUAGUAUUAACAUUUGGGUCUAACUCUAAAGCCUAUGUUCUGCAACUUUCUAUUAUUUCUCCUUCCUUAAGUCUUCUUCAGUAGUAAUCAUUUAACUGUGAUUAACUUGAAACUUUGCCCCCCCUAGAUUUUGGGACCUUCUGUGGUUGUAUCUCUAAGGGACACGGGAAAUUCGGUCAGCCCAAGACUCUGCAGAAUGGGAUACUCUAAAGUGAAUUAAUGUAUGUUCCUGUUAACAGGCUCCACAGAUAGGAAUUAUAUUGUGACCUCUGUGAAGGAAAUGACUGUCUUAUUUAUUUUUGGAGAAAAGCAUGUGAAAAGGCAAGAAUGGAAAUAAAGACACAAACU